AUGCAGUCACCAAUUAUUGUCCUUAACCAAACGCAGAAGCGCGAAAACGGUCGCAAGGCCCAGCUUUCCUGCAUUCAAGCAGGAAAGAUGACUGCCGACAUCAUUCGCACUUGCCUUGGUCCACAAGCAAUGCUCAAGAUGAUUCUCGACUCAAUGGGCACACUCGUUAUCACAAACGAUGGUAACUCCAUUCUCCGUGAAAUUGAUGUCGCUCACCCAGCUUCUAAAUCACUUAUCGAACUUGCACGUGGCCAAGAUGAAGAAGUUGGCGACGGCACAACUACAGUCGUUGUUCUUGCCGGUGAGAUUCUUGCCGUCCUCGAACCACUCCUCAAGAUGAACAUUCACCCACAUGUUAUUGUUGCUGGCCUUCGUAAGGCUCUUGAAGACGCUCUCGCUCAUCUCGAGAAGAUCAAAGUACCAAUUGACAACACAUCAGACUCUCAGAUGCUCAGUAUCAUCAAGUCUGCUAUCGGAACAAAGUUCCUUGUCAAAUGGUCAGACUUAAUCGCUAAGCUUGCUCUUGAUACAGUCCGCCUUAUCCGUACAGAAGAUGGUUUCGUAGAUCUUAAGCGCCAAGUCCGUAUCGAGCGUAUCAUCGGCGGUGAACUCGAAGAUUCCUACGUUAUGCACGGCGUCCUCAUCAACAAGGAUGUUGUCCAUUCCCACAUGCGCCGCCACAUCGACCAUCCAAAGGUUUUAAUCCUCGACAGUGGUCUCGAGUACAGGAAGGGCGAAUCCAUCACAACCAUCGAAAUUACAGGCGAGAACGACUACGCAAACAUUCUUGCCGAAGAAGAACAGCAAGUUCGCCAGAUGUGCGAAGCAGUUAUCGCUACAGGUGCUAACCUUGUUGUUGUCGAGAAGGGCAUCAGCGAUCUUGCCUGCCACUACCUUGCCGAAGCCGGCAUCACAGCUCUCCGCCGUUUCCAGCAAGUCCAACUUGAUCGUAUCGCCGCAUGCACAGGCGCCACAAUUGUUACACGUCCAUCCGAAGCUACAGAAGCCGAUCUUGGUACCAAGUGCGGUGUCUUCGAUUGCCGCAAGAUCGGUGAUGAAUUCUGGUCAUUCUUCGAUGAAUGCGAGAAUCCAAAGGCCUGCACCAUGGUUCUCCGUGGUCCAUCCAAGGAUGUUCUUCUUGAAAUGUUCCGUAUCAUGGACGAUGCCCUCAAGGUCGCCCGCAACCUCAUGAGCGAGCCAUCCUUGCUUCCAGGCGGUGGUGCAACAGAGAUUUCCGUCUCCACAGCACUCAGAGAGAACUGCAAGAAGCUCGACGGCAUCGAGCAGAUGUCAUACGAGACAGCCGCUCUCGCACUCGAAGUCAUCCCACGUACACUCAUCCAGAACUGCGGUGCUCCGACUAUGAAAGUCCUUACCCAGCUCAAGUCAAUCCACGCAGCAGAUCCAUCUAAGGCAUCUAUGGGUAUCGAUGGCAUGACAGGAAAGAUCGCAGAUAUGGCAGAGAAGGGAAUUUGGGAUACAUUCUCAGUUAAGGCACAGGCUUACAAGACUGCCUUCGAAUGCGCUAUCUCCCUUCUCCGUGUCGAUGACAUCGUCAGCGGUAUCAUCGCUCGUGAUGAGAACGGUAACCCAGUCAACAAGAAGAGUGUCACAGAGAAGCUUGAUGAGAAUACAGCUGCAGCUCUUGCUGGUCAGAACCCACAAGGUCUCUAA